AUGGACUUCCCACUUGACGAGGACUCGCCUGAUAUUGGUGACUUGUCCAAGAAAAAAAUCCCCAAAGAGCUCACCGCCCAUGGCACUACACCGCUGGGAAAACCCCGUGUGUUUGUUUGCAACACUUGUACUCGUGCCUUCGCGAGACUCGAACAUUUACGUCGGCAUGAGCGUUCUCAUACAAAGGAAAAGCCUUUCACGUGUGGUGUAUGCCAACGUAAGUUUUCCCGUAGAGAUUUGUUGUUGCGUCAUGCCCAGAAGUUGCAUGCUGGCUGCGCUGAUGCUAUUACCCGGUUGCGCCGAAAACUGAUCAAAGGAGGCUCUAUAGGCUCUCAGGACAUGUACGAUGAAACCAUGUUUCGAGAGCUGGCUGUCAGUACUCCUGGCCUGAUUCCUGACUCCACUCCAAAGCGUAGUCAGGGUCCUCCACCAACGAUGCUUACGCCGUCAUCUUCACAACGCGGCUCCAUAGACUCUGUGAAUUUCAACUUGAACUUAUUCUCGAGGAGCAAAGAUCCAAAAGAGAGGUCCCGCCAGAACUCUCUUAAGGAUCUGAACUUGCACAAGCAACUUUUUGAUCGUCGGAAACUAGGAAGAAAUCGUGGUGCGUCAUUUAGUGCUCAGUCCGGGGCAAACUAUGCCCAGGCAAGCUCUGAUUACGCUGAUGUCUAUCCUGGUACCGAUACAGUGGAGUUCCUGACCCCACAAUUGCUUCCUACCACUAUGGGUGAGGAACAAUCUUGGCUCAGUAAUCUUCUGACGAUUCCGGGUAUGUCCGAUGGAUUCAAGAGCUCUCAACGUGUAGACCUGGUGGCUCUGUUGAGCUUGGAUAAUGAAAUACCAACUCACACAUCCAUGUUUGGUGCACUCGGCGGAGGUCUUUUACGUUCAGAUAGCGUCGCAUCAACUAACUCGUUCACUACGGAUGCUGGAGUCCCUCCUUUUCCUGGAAUGUCUAGAAAUGGUAGCGUGAAUAAGACCAAUGGCUCGACUCCCGGCAAAAGUGAUGUCGGUGAGUAUGGCUAUUCGUUCUAUGACAUCCCCGACUCCAUGAUGUCUAAAGGUUACAAUGGAAUCAAGAUGAAUGCCCCUCUCUCGCCAAUCAAGCAGGAAUUGGAAGACGAGUUGAUGGACUUGGAUAAUGGUGGUUUCAAUACAACUGAUAAUAAUGCGAUGAUACCGGCUGCAAUUACCAAUGGAGUCAAUUUUGACUUCAAUUUCUUGAAUGAUAUUGAUGAACUUGGUCAGGAUUUUGACGGUGGCUCGAAGUUUUUGCCCAAUGGCUACUCCUUUUACGGCGACAACCCUUCUGUUUCCUCUUCAGGUAUUGACUCAACUUCACCUCCUCAUGUUUUGUCUCCGAGCUACCAUACCCCACUGAACGCCUAUGGGAAGACACCAACAAGUCAAAACCAAAAGCAGAUGUUGCCUAGUCAUUUGAAUGAAGUCCAUUCAAUUAACGAGAAAUUGUCUCAAGGAACUUCUGGCUACAGCACCACUAAACUUUUCACUAAGAACAUGCGCUACAUGAUCAACAAAUCGUUGAGCAAGUAUCCAAUUAGUGGUAUUAUGACACCAUCUAUUCCUUCCAAUGAGAAAUUGGAGUUUUACUUGACCCACUUCGUCAGAAUGUUCUUAUCACACUUCCCUUUUAUUCAUCCUUCAAAGUUAAACGAACAGGAAAUCAUGAACAUGACAGCUAAUGAGGAGAUGAGUAAUGAGAGUGCCCGUGUCUGCAUGCCACUUUUGGUUGCUACGAUUGGUGCUUUGCUCACCAAUAACAAGAAUGAUUCCGAAAAUUUAUAUGAGGCAUCCCGGAGAACAAUCCAUAUUUAUUUGGAAAGCCGGAAGAACUCAGUAGGAGAGGGUAACUCGGCCGCCUCCAGCCAGUCAGUCAACCCUCUUUGGCUUAUCCAGUCACUCACUCUCUCGGUUAUCUAUGGUCUCUUCUCGGACAAUGAGAACAACGUCUACAUUGUGAUUCGUCAAUUGAAUGCUUUGAACUCCUUGGUUAAAACUUCAAUCAAGAGUAACAGAGUAAUACUUUUCUCAAUUAACGAAGAGGAGGAGAACAACUACAAGGAAUUGUAUUCCAAGCCUUCCGCAUUGACAGGAAAUUCUGAGAUCAGUAAGGAAAUCAAGUUCAGAUACAACAUAAACAUGCAGUCUCAAGUUAGAAUUGUCUUCAUGAUUUACAAGUUAACUAACUUUAUUUUGAUGAUGUAUAAUGUGCCUCUCACAUUAAGCAUCAAUGAUUUGGGAAACUUGUCUUGUCCUAACAUCUAUGAUGAAUUCUUAUGGCACUUUAACUCCUAUGGAGACUUCAAGAACUAUUUGCAUUCGGUCAACAGCACAAACGAUCUUGAAUUCUACUUGGCAAGAGAUGAUACUAAUACAAUCGUCUUCAAAGAUCUUCUUAUUAAGCUUUCCAGAAGCGAUUUUGUUCCCUCGCUUGUGACUCGUUUGUCUAAUCUAAGUAAGUUUGGAUUCUCUUCUGCCGUCCAUGGUAUAUUUGAGAUCAAACAGUACGAGGAAAUGAAAUAUGUUGACGUCUAUGCGAUUCUAGAUAACUUGACGCAAUUCAUUGACAACGCUAAGAAUAACAGCAACACGAGAUAUCCUUUGGCCUCAACUGACUACGAAAAGCUAGAUUACGCACUCAUUGUCUGCUUUGUGAAGAUUUGUGCUACCAUUGAUUUCAAGUUAGUCAAAGAACAAAGUUGGCUCCGAAAUUAUGACGAGCUUACGAAUAACUUCCACAAGUUCAUGGUCACAAUGGAAUCAGUUGAUGAGUUCGAAUACUUGAAAGUGAUCGACUGCUGUAUUGUGAUUAUUAAACUUGUGUUGUUCCGUACAGAUGAUGCUGAAUCCGACGCUGAUGGGAAAGCCGAGAUAUUCCACCCAGAGCUUUCCUUUUUGGCAAACAACGGCAGUUCAGGGAAUUUUGGCAAUCUCGUUAAUGACUCAUUGCAACACCAAUACAACACUUGUGUAAAUUUUGAGAAGUUAACUAAUUGGAAGGUUUUUGAUGAGAUUGACUGUUCCAAAAACUCGAUUCACUCGCAGAUGUUGUUCCAUGUGUUUGCAAUUCUUUCAAUCUUUGCCAUUUAUAUCGCAAAGAAGAACAAUCAAGAAACUCUGUUUGGAAGGGAAUCCAACAGCAGUAAUUUGAGACAAUUCAAUCAGCGAUUCAUUAUUGUAUUGAGGCUCUUGGCGAAGAUCGAAGGAUUUUUGAGGGCUAAGUACCAAAGUUCCAAAGUGGAUACUGAUCUUGCUAAUCUCUAUCUCUUCUCUUCUUUCAACAAUGACGAGACGCUACUAGAUCAGAGUAUUGACAUGAAAGCAGAUGACUCUGUGAUGAAGGUGUUACUCAACAAUCAAAAUUACUUUGCAUACAACUUGGAGAAGUCACUUUAUGUGUUGAAGAUUGGAGAGUUGAUGUUACGCUACUUGUACGAUACAAACAUUAAAGUGUGCAUUUUCAAGAAGUUGAGUGGAAGUCUCUCGCAGAUUCGAAAGUACCUCGUGGAUGAAGAGAGCAGGGUCCUCUCGUGA